AUGGCGUUCAAGAACGAAGCGGAGCGAGUAAAUGAGCAAUACAGUAAUAAGGGUGAUUGCUUGAGUAUCGACGCUGCUGGGUUAAGGAUGGAGUUGGAUAACUUGCGAUUGAGAGAAAGAAUCUUGGUAAAUAUGGUGGUGAUUGGAUUGGGGUUUGCUUCGAUUCUAUUUGACACCUGA